GAGACGAUGCUCUGAGGGAGCAUGUGUUGCCGUUUAACCAUCGUAUCCAUCGCUACACCAACAGAUACUGUUUCUCGAUGAUGAUUUUAAUCAUGUUCUACCUUGUGGCACCGGUAAUAACCAGCUUCGGGGUGUACUUUCAAUCCAUAUGGCAAUCUUACCAUCAAACAAAUAACACUAUCCGUACCUGGGAUAUUUCACAUCGACAAUUUUCCCUCCACAUGGAGCAAGAUUUCUACGGACUCCAGCAUCGGACCAACAUUCUGCACUACACACUCUACAUCGCAGUCAUAGUGCCGAUGAUGUUCACAACGGCCUGUACCGUGCAUAUGAAGGUGCUGACUAUUGCAUCUUCUGUUCGGUACGCUGAAAUGCUGCUCCACAUUGUGAUGCUCAAGGUGGACAGCUCACCCAAACAGAAGUCCAUCCGCGAAGAACUGCAUGACAUUAUCCAUGUACAUCAGCGGACACUCGACUGCAUCGCCCUGCUCGUGAAGGCCUUACAGCCCGCCCUAUUACUACAGCUUGUGUUUUGUGUCUUUAUCUGGUGUUUGAUGAUGCUCUACUUUACUAUUACUGCAGUGGAGCUUUCUGAGAGUGUGUAUGCCUGCGGAUGGCCAGCGAUGGACCGUGACAUCCAGCAGGGACUGCGCAUGGUGCUGCAUCGCACGCAAUCGCCGGUCGGCAUAAAGGCAGGUAAAUUUUGCUUCGUCGAUAUGGAACUGUUUCAGAAGGUAUGUAGAGAUUCUCUCCAUUAAUCAACUACAUCAAACUAAAGGUUUUUGCACGAGAAUUUCUAUCCCUUGC